AUGCCACCAAAACUAUCCUACGGUCUUAACAUUCCAAAACAAACGAACAAAUUAUCAGCCCUAGGAGGAAGCCAGACCAAAUCACUAGCUGGCCAAAAGCGCAAGAAGACGAUAUUCGACGACUCUGACUCAGAGGGUGAACAGCAAGAAGGUCCAAGUCGCAAUGAUGAUAACAGCGCAAUUGAAAUAACCACAUUGGGAGGCCUUGAUGGCCAAGACCUGGAGGAAGAAGAGAAAAUAAAUAAGGAUGCUGCUCCACGCAAAGCUCCGCGGAGUACAGGGCUAUCAUUGUCAUCGGCAAAACCUCCCAAUGCCAGGAAUGGCUCCAAACCAUUUAAAGCCAGUAUAUUUGAUGAUGAGAACGAUGAGGGACAGCAGCAAGACCAGCAGCCGAAACCCACAAAAAAAUUCGGGUUACAAACAUCAGAACAACACCCGACGGAUAAAAAUUAUAUAAACCUAGCAGCCCUCCACUCGAGCCGCAAAUACGCAAAAGAAGCCGAAGCUAUCGAUCCCUCUAUAUAUUCCUAUGACGCCGUUUAUGACAGCAUUAAAGCGAAACGCGAGAAACCAAGCAAGGCAAAUGCUAAUGGCGACGGAGAUGAGGGCAGCUCAAAAUAUAUGGAUGCGUUGAUGCGCAGUGCUGAAGUGAGGAAACGAGAUCAAAUGCGAGCACGAGAUCGACUCUUGGCGAAGGAGCGUGAAGCCGAGGGUGACGAGUUCGCGGACAAGGAGAAAUUUGUAACGGCGGCGUACCGCGCACAGCAAGAGGAGGUCAAGCGGAUGGAAGAGGAGGAAGCGCAGCGAGAAAAGGAAGAGGAGGAACGGCGCAGGAAGAAUGGUGGCUCUGGAAUGAUGGGAUUCUAUCGCCAGAUGCUCGCUCGAGAUGAAGAGUCACACGGUGAAGUGAUGAAGGCUGCAGAGGAGGCAGCUCGAAAAGUCGCGGCGGGAGAAGUACCCACAACAGACACAGCAACCGAGGCAUCCACUGGAGAGAAGACAGAGGCACAAAUAGCCGCUGAACUGAACUCUCGGGGUGCUAAGAUUAUCGUCAACGAUGAAGGACAAGUAGUUGACAAGCGCCAGCUGCUCAGUGCCGGUCUCAAUGUUGCACCACCCAAACCGAAGGCAAAGCCUACCGAACCAACGCGCACAGGUCCAUCUACUACUGCAUUUCGUCCUGGUGGUGCUCGUGCUGGUGGCCCGUCAGUCGCGGCUAGAGAUGCUCAACGCGCUCGUCAAACCGAGAUGGUAGCAGCCCAGCUCGAGGAGAAAGCUAGACAAGAGGAAGAAGCUGAAAAGGCGCGACAGAAGGAAUUGGCAGAGAAGAAUCGUAGUCGCAAGACGGAGUCGGAUGUCUCUAGUGCUCGUGAACGUUACUUGGCCCGGAAGAGAGAGAGAGAAGCGCAGGCACAAAAUCAGGGAUAG